UUAAGUUUAAAUAUAGAUCGUCAGUAACAGGGUCAUUUAACUUGUUAUCUGUUACGUUAGCAUAAAAUGGAGACUAAUAUGUGAACUUAUGCAUGUUUAGAUUUACAUGAAUAAUAUUCAAGCUAGUGUAGAAUCUAAGAUCAAGAUCAAGGACAUUAAUGUUGACAAGAUAAGUUUUAUAUAUAGUAACUAGAUUAAAUAUCUUAACUUUUAACUAAAAUGCCGUUGUGUUAUAUAUUCACGAAUCUUAAAGACUCAGAAAUUUCUCCAGACUUGGAAGAAAAUCUAGAGGAAUGUAUCUCAAAAUUAAUGAAUAAACCAAAGGAGCGGAUUACUGUGAUGCUGAACACCGGAAUACGCAUGAGGUUUGGUGGGAAGAAACAAUUUUGUAUGGUGUGCAAUAUUCAUUCUAUAGCCGUAUUUGACGAGAAAAGAAAUCCAGGAUAUUUUCCGCAAUUAUUUGACGUAUUGACGUCGGCAACAAAACUUCCAGCAAGCAG